CAGUUCUCUAUGAUCCCAAUAUUUGUAGGCACCUGAACAAUGAGUUCUGCUGGGGAGCUGGAUGCAGUACAUAAUGGAUGUAUUUAAAGAUGCAUUGAAUACUAUGGAGAAAUGGUCAGUACAAAAUGCAAGCAUGAGCUGCACAGACUGCAACACUUCUGAGGAAUCCAAGUAAUAGAGACAAUGCUGGAGUUUCAGACCACCUGCAUUUCCCUAUCACCUAUACCCACAGACAAGCAAUGUAUAAAAAGCCAUGGGUAGGUGCUCAGAAAACCCUAUCACACUUCUUGUUGAUUCUGUUCAGGACAUUGCAAACAGAGACUGCAAAGCUAAGACCAGUUUUGCUAAGCUUCUACUUGGAAAAGGCCCUGGAUAAGCUGCAGUGGACCUCAGGCUUUUGAGGCAGGAAAAGAGAGCUGUGGUGGAAGAUAAAAGCUGCAGGGAAGGAUGACACUUUGAGAGGUGACUGACAGCAUGGGCAUUAUUUAAAAUUUUCCCUGGGUCAAUUCAGUGUCAAAAGAGAUGUUGCUAUCCAUCUGAAAAGUUUCCUCCUAUAUUGGAACUAGGUGUAUUUGCCUUAAACACAGGUCUUUAAACUAAAAUAACACUCAAAGGUUUUCAGGAAUCCUAUGUUUGUUUGUUUGGUUUAUUUUUAAUAACAGCAAUAUUUGACCUUUUAUCUCUUUUAAAAACAAGACAUAUUCUAAGCUAGAUCACCUUACAACAGAUACCUGUGCUCAGAAAAGCUAACUUAUCAGGAACUCCUCAGUCCUGAAUCAGGCUUUCAAAUUGAAGCAUGGCAAAUACUUUCUAGUUAGAUAUACAGAGCUCACUCCUGCUCCUCUUAACCAGACACAAAAGCAUCUCACUACCUGGUUAUACAACUGACCUCAGCACAGGCUGGAGACAAACUCAUCACCAGCUAGCCAGCUCUUCACUGGGGUUCCUUCCAUGGGAAUUACUGCUCUGGUAAACCCAGCUGAGCAGAGAGUAUUCAGAAUUCUAAUAUAACAUUUCAAUUCAGACUGACCUGUCAUACCAAACAUCAUACCAAACACUGCUGCUAGCAAACAGGAGACAUUGCUGACUUUCAUGUGUGGGUUUUUCAGUCUUUUUGUUUGUUUUUUUUUUUUUUUUUUUGUUUUAUUUUCCACAAAUCCAGGCUCUUCUGUAACAUAAUGUCUCAAUUUUUUCACAUUUAGGGCUUUUUCUUCUUCAGAACUGUGGGGAAAAAUGAACGGGCCUGCAGCUUCGAGCCUGCUCCUCAACUGCUCAAAUCAAUCAAAUUUCAGUUUGGAAACAUCAGAGCAAUGUGGCAAAGAGACACACCUUGAAAACAUGGUUUUUGCCACUUUCUACUUUCUGGACUUCAUCCUGGCUUUUGCUGGCAAUGCCCUGGCUCUUUGGCUUUUCAUCCGGGACCAAAAGUCAGGCACACCCGCCAACAUUUUCCUGAUGCAUCUUGCUGUGGCUGACCUGUUCUUUGUGCUGGUACUCCCCAUCCGGCUGGUGUACCAUUUUUCUGGUAACCACUGGCCAUUUGGUGAGAUCCCAUGCAGACUCACCGGCUUCCUUUUUUACCUCAACAUGUAUGCCAGUAUCUACUUCCUGAUGUGCAUCAGUGUUGACCGUUUCCUGGCCAUCGUGCACCCGGUGAAGUCCAUCAAGCUCCGCAGGUCCCGCUAUGCCCACCUGACGUGUGUCUUUCUGUGGGUCAUCGUUGGGGUGGCCAUGGCACCUCUGCUGCUCAGUGUGCAGACUGUUCAGAUGAAAAACACAACUGUCUGCCUGCAGCUCUACAGAGAAAAGGCCUCACGCCACGCCCUCGUGUCCUUGGCAGUGGCAUUCACCUUCCCCUUUGUGACUACUGUGACUUGCUACUUACUCAUCAUCCAGAGCCUGAAGAGUGGGAACAGAGUUGAGAAACACCUGAAGGAAAAAGCUGUCAAAAUGAUCAUCAUGGUCCUGAUGAUCUUUCUAAUUUGCUUUGUACCUUACCACGUGAAUAGGUACAUUUAUAUUCUCCAUUACAACGGGACCAAAGCUUCCUGUGAAACGCAGCGUCUCCUGGCCCUCAGCAACCGCAUCACCUCCUGCCUCACCAGCCUCAACGGGGCCUUUGACCCCAUCAUGUAUUUUUUUGUAGCUGAGAAAUUCCGUGAGGCUUUGUGCAAUCUGUUUUGUAUCAAAAAGACCAUAACGUUGCCUCAAACAUAUGAGGGUAAGACAAAUGAAAGCUCACUAAGUGCUAAAUCUGAACUGUGAACAUGACUCUUGUCAGUGUCAGUGCUUCGUCUUAAGAACACUCUCUUCCACCAAAAUCAGCUGAGAGCACAAAUGUGCAGCAAGACAGUCCAACCAGAGUCAAACUCAUCCUGAGACGGGAAGUUCUGUUGUUUUUAUGCGGCUGCCAUUAACAAGAACCCCUCGACCAUAGAGAACAUGUGUGUUUGUAUUGCUGAAACUGCAAACAGAAGGACAGUUCUUCUGGUUUCCAAGGAAUGAAACUGAGGAAUAAGGAAGUGGACAGUGAGGAAAAUGGACCCAUGUAUUUAUUUUUUUUUCAAAGAAUUGAGUUCCCAAAGCACUCUGCACAAUGCUUACAGCCUUAUUUAAAAUUUUACAUUGUGCCAACAUAGAGAUCCACACCUGAGAUAGACCUGUCUGAUGAAAAAACCUCCACAUUUGCACAUCUUGUUCAAGUUUCUGAAUUCAAAGUGUUUAUACGUAAUAGAGAGAAAAUUGAUACUAAAUGGUGACAAGAAAACAAAAAGAUCUGAAUGAAGCAAUAAACCCAGUCUGGACAGGAAUUAAGACAGAAAAGACUCCUAGCUUUAAGAUGGUUUACAGUUCUUUUUUGUGACUUAUCUAGCAAGACUAUUCCUUCACUAUGGAUAUGUAGGGAUUAUUGUUACUCUCACUGAUACAAAUGGCAUCCAGCAAAACAUGCCUGGUACAAUAAAAAGGGGAAAAUAAGAACACACGAGUUUCCAAUAUUUACUAGAAGACUGCUUCAAUGCUAUGGAUAUAAACAUUAUAGGUGAAAUGACAGGUGAAAUAUAUUGUUACAGAGAUACACACACCUAUCUCUCUGCUAUGCUUUGGGAACGAGUUCUUUACCAUUUGAGAUCUGGUCUACAAAUAACAAAAUAAAACAUACUUUAUAUUGCUUGAACUGCUUUUAUCCUGACUGCUUUCCCAAAACACCCUAAGUGCUAUUCCAACAGCCCAUUCUAGCAAGAUGAGAUGUCAAAAGAAAAUCAAUUAUGCCCAGCUUAAAAAACUAAGGCACAGAGGUUGCACACAGUAGGAAAAAUAAGAGGGAGUUGAGAGGACUGCCUGCUGGACAGAUACAAAUAUGUGACCUUUUCUUCCUUCCUUCACCAUUUAGUCAGUGAAAAUAUAAACUCUAGGAAACUACUAGGCUUUGUUCAGAACAUAUGAAAGCCUAAAGUUAACUCUGAAUUGUGCAACACUGUCUGCUAACUGCUGGAUUGUUUUACUUUCUUAUAAUGAUAUGCUUUUGUAUAAGCUCUCUUUUGUAUUUUUAUUUCUUAUUUCUGAAUUAAAUGCAUUAAUCAACUUCUAGGAUUCAUUUUGUAUUUCUGUAUUUAAAAUGAAUGAUUUCCAAAGACCAGUGGAAUCACAGGCUGAAAAGACUUUGCUGUAAUCAUUGUGUUAUUCUUUCAGCCUUUUGCUACAUCUUGAUUUCCUGCUCAGCAGCUUACUUGAUAAACAGCCUGCCUGAGAUCAUAUAAUCCCUUUUUCUCACUUGUUAGGCAGCCUUCUGCUUGAAAUCCCUUUCUUUUCCAAAACACAUUCACUAGCCACUAAAAUUUGAGUUUCUUGUUGGAAGCAAGAACAUAUUUCAUUGGAUGAAGAACUCCUCAACAAGUUAUUCCUAAACUAACUGACCACCCUCAGCAUCUCACAGCUGUAUCAAUAACACACUGAUAA